GUCGAGAAAUCCUCGGCCGACCUGCUCCGCGAUGACCUGCUAUCGCAGUAGGUACAUUGCCAUGGCCUAACCUUCCACCCUUCCUCAGAAGAGUAACACGGCUUCGUCGUGGGAAGGAAAAGACCAGGAGCAGCCUACAGUCACUGGACUCGAUUGCUAGCACAUGCACACGGAUAUGCACACGGACAUAGCGCGCGGAAGACACGUGCGUUGAUACCACAGCUACCGUAGUCUAUAACCCACUUGGGCGCAUAGCUAUGGAGGCGUCACAACAACCGACAGGAGCGCUAAGGGGGGGGGUGCAAGGAACUAUUCCCAUCCCCCUAGACCCUUUGGGCGAUAGAGUGAUGGAAGAAGUCGAACAAGCUGGAGCGAAGGAAGUAGAGAGAGACAACGCAGCACCCGAAGACGAACGGAGGAGAUCUCCUCCACCAGCGUUCACAGACUAUUCAAGGGACGAGCCAAGGAUUCGGCACAUGAUGGAGAUGUGCUACGACAUGGGGGUGAUGCCUCCAGACAUCGAUGUUGGGGAAAUGAGGGAAGAUGGCUGUAAAGUCACCUUCAUCCUUAACUCUACUAUCGAUGAAAUCAAGUUACGAUGGCUGAAGGAACGGUCAGUAACAGUCAUUUUUCAAGACGGCUCCAAAAAUUUACCCAAGAGAGUCAAGGAGGAGGUCAUCCGAGCUUAUGAGGACACCUGGGUGAGGGAGAGGCUUUUUGACUCGGCAAUCUCUCGAGGGCGAGUCAAGAUGGAAUCGGCGAACGUGCUAACUUAUAUUGCCAAGGACGCUAGAGUGGCGACAUGGAAGAAGGAGAAAGAGAUAGACAAGAUCUUGCUGAGAAGGAAGUGGCACACUAUUGCAUUCAAGCCUUGGCUGACCAAGACUGAGUUGGAGGAGGAGCGCCGCCAAGAGCAACAAAAAUACUUCUGGAUACCAUGCAUCGACGUACCUGUCGACGCAUAUUGCUAUCUGCAUUCGGCAGCUUCGAGAUCAAUCGGAGAGGUGCAUCGAGUGUACCCCCCAGAACGAGACUCUCAGAAACCUCAGUUAAUCAACGUACGCCUGGAUAUUGUCGCGGAAGCACGAGAAAACAUCAAAGACUCGCUCUCUUUCGUGACCUGCCAGCAGCAGGAAAUCACGGUCGCAGUGGCAACAGCGCUGACUCCAUGGUGCGACACCUGCCGGAUUUUUUUCCAUCUUCCGGCAACAUGUCCACGGAAUCGCUCAAGACCUAGGCAGCAACGCAGCGGAAGUAACGACCGCCAAUCGGAAAGGAGAGAGAGAUCCCCCUCAAUGGAGGAUAGGCGAUCCAGAGAGAGGAGGCGGUCGCCUUCCCCAGCACCAUCGGAGGACUCAGUGUCAUCAUCGGAGUCUCGAGGACCUAGUGUAAUUGGAGGCGGAGGGGGCGCUGGAGGCCGCCCGAACGCGGAUGCUGAGUCACCUGACAUAUGGAAUCGAAGAAUGGAUGGAGAUCGAAGACAAAGCAGGAGUGGCACCGAGGAUGGAGCGAGGAACGGAAGACCGGGAGAAGACCGGGGAGGCAAUGGAAGGAGGAGCAGAGAAGUAACGAAAGGGGAGAAUAGCCAGAAUCAAUGAAGACAGCCCCAUGGAAGCCCUACACGA